AAUGCCUGAGCCAGCAGGUACUUCUAGUCCUACUUAUGGCAGAGGUAUUAUCAAUUCUAUGAUUAAUAAUUUACCAUUUGAAAUGCAUAUGCCUGGCUACAAUUAUUUAGGUCCAGGUACCAAGCUUGAAAAGAGAUUGAAUGCAGGCAGCCAACCAAUAAAUAAACUUGAUGAAUUGGCUAUGAAUCAUGAUAUAGCUUAUUCUAAAUCUAAAAAUUUGGAUGAUCGUCAUGCUGCUGAUUAUGAUUUACAAGAAGGAGCUUGGAACAGGGUCUUGGCUGAUGAUGCUGGUUUUGGUGAAAAAGCAGUAGCAUGGUUAACAACUAAUGCCAUGAAAGCUAAAAGAGCUUUAGGUGCUGGCUUGCUAACAAAGUACCCUGUAUCUCUGGAACCAGCAGAGCAAGAAAAACUUGCAGCAGCUGUACAGGCACAAAAAGGUGUUUCUCUAAAGGUUAGUACUAUACGUACCAAAGAAUCUGUGAUGAGUGAGUCCUACUUACCUCUAACAAAAAGUCAGAUUGCAAAUCUUAAAAAAGGUGGCAGUGGUAAGAAAACCAUCAGAUUAUCAGCUGCUCAGGUUGAAAAGGUCAAGUCUGGAGGUUACCUUAAAACAAUGCUUCAGUAUGGUCCUACAGCCAUAGGUGCUGUUUCUGCUCUUGUUAAUCUUUUCAAAAGUAAGGAAAAAGAUGGCAAAGGUGUUUACAUCAACAAGAAACCUAGAGGUUCAGGAGUUUACAUUAAUAAAAAACCAAAAAGUGGUGAAGGUGUUUACAUUAAUAAGAAACCUAAAGGUUCAGGUGUUUACAUCAAUAAAAAACCAAAAAGUGGUGAAGGUGUUUACAUUAACAAGAAACCUAAAGGUAAUGGUCUUUUGGAUGAACUUCUAAAAAAAAAAAAGCUACUCCAUUAAAUAAUUUGGAAUUGACAGAGUAUGCCAUUCAAUUGAAAAUACCUUUCUUUAGAGGUGUAUUCAUGCGUGAUAAGUUACCAACAAAAAUUUUAAAAAAUGAAUCUGCUAUUGUGAAUUUAGAUUCAAGCUCUGGUCCAGGUACUCAUUGGGUUGCAUAUGUGAAACGUGGUCAAAAUGUAGAAUAUUAUGACUCUUUUGGUGUUGCCCCACCAGCUGAACUACUUGUUUACUUUGGAAAGAAAGCCAAGGUAAUUUAUAAUUAUGAGCAAGAUCAAAAAUUAAGUCAAGUCAUUUGUGGUCAUUUGUGUUUGAAGUUUCUGCAUAAAUACAUAUGAUUUCAGAACUUUGAUAUUUGAAAAAUGGAUUUAGCUCUUGAAUUGCACAAACCUGUGAUUAAAAAAUUUAAAACGCGCCAAAUCAUCACCAAAGGUAUUGAUCACAUUUGGCAAGCUGAUUUAUUGAUCAUGUCUCAGUAUAAAAAAGAAAAUGAUGGCUACACCAAUAUUCUGAAUGUUAUAGACUGUUUCAGCAAGUAUGCUUGGUGUAUACCUCUGAAAUCAAAAUCUGCAAAAGAUGUUACUGAAGCAUUUCGAAAAAUACUCAAGGCCAAAAGACCUAAUCGAAAACCUGAAUUGCUGCAUGUUGAUCGUGGUAAAGAAUUUGUAAAUUCUACUUUCAAAAAAUUGUUGAAGGAAUACAACAUCACCAUGUACCAUACAUUCACUGAGAUCAAAGCAGCCAUGGUAGAAAGAUUCAACAGAACACUGAAUGAGAAAAUGAAGCUACAUUUUGAAGUCAACCAAAAUCAUCAUUGGAUAAAAAUUCUACCAAAGCUUGUUACUGAGUACAAUAAACAGGAUAUACAUAGAUCUAUUGGUAUGACUCCUUCAUCUGUAAACCAUAAGACAGAGUCAGAAGUUUAUCAGCGAUUAUAUGGCAUUGAAAAAUUCAAAUUGCCAAAAGCUACAUUUAAAAUAGGUGACCGCGUUAGAAUUAUUGCAUACAGAUAUACAUUUACAAAUAAGUACUCAAGAAGGUGGACAAAAGAAAUUUUUGUGGUUGAUAAAGUACACUACACAGUUCCCAUAACAUACAUUAUUAAAGCUUUGGAUGGUGAAAUGAUUAGUGGAAAGUUUUAUAAACAAGAAUUGCAGAGAACCAAAUUUUGAAAAUUGAGUAUAGUAGUAUACUGCCAACUCAUUUGAACUCAUCGAAACAGUCCUUCUUAGGGCUUCACCAAAAAAUAGAAAAAAUAAAAAAAAACCUAAAAAUCUUAAAAAUAUAAAAAAAAAAUAUUAGUCUUAAG